AUGGGCGACGUCGUCGUCGCGGAAGACGUCCCCCAGCCCGUCAGCGCGCUCGUUCGGGUGAGAAUCCGCUCGAAUCCGCUCGAACCCGCUCGAACCCGCGCGAACCCGCGCGUCGUCUCGCGCGUCGCGCGCGGCAUUCGUCGUCGUUUCGAGACGCAGACGCGAAAGAGGCCCUUCCCUCCAGAAACUCACAUCUCCCCUCGUCCCGUCGCGGUCUCGUUCUCGCCUCCCCCGCAGGGCGAGCUCGCGGAGCGCGUGGAGUUCCAAUCGUUCACGUGCGACACGCAAGACCGCGAGGACCACACGUUCAACGGGAUCUUCUUCGACGUCGGCGCGAGCACGUCGCUGCCGUUUCAGUACAUCGAGAUUCACUCGCUCUGGGUCAGAGGAGAGCUCGGCCCCGUGACCGUGCACGCGACGCCGAACUCGCACCGCGGGAACUUCGCGCCGGCGCGCGACGACGACGCGACGACGGCGACGGACGGCGCGGACGGCGAGACGCGGCAAGAAGAAGAAGAAGAAGACGAAGACGAAGACGAAGACGACGGCUGGUACAACUGGCAUCACGCUCACGAUCCGCGACUCGCUCGACGUCGAGGCGGCGAGAUCCCGAAAGUGUACGACGCGCGCGCGUGGACGAAAGUCUUCGACGCCACGCUCGAGCCUUCGUUCGACGAGCUCGUCGAGCUGAAGCUCUCGGAGCCGAUCACCGUCGCGGGCGGCGACACGGUCGGUCUCUACGUCCACAGCGCGUUGCCGGGGGACCGCGGGGUCGUGUACGACGACGCGAGAUGGAGCGACGACGACGCCCACUCGAAGGAUGACGGAAAACUCGUGAUAUACCACGGCACCGCGCACCUGUCGAAGACGCCGUUCGGGCACCGCGCGCCGUGGGGCGGCGACGCGUUGAGGGUCCGUCGGCAGUUCGUCGGUCGCGUCUCGUACGCCGUGCGAUGGAUGCGAUGGAACCCCGAGACGCACGAUCGGUUCCCGUUUGGUUUUCGGAAAGCCGUGGAGACGACGCUUCUGUGCGCGCGGUCGACGGAGAAGAACUGCUACCUGACGCACCUCGGCGACGAGAUCGUGUUUUAUAUCAUGAACAAGUGCGGAUGGGACUGGUUCGGGACGAACAUGCGCGACGCGGAGACGGAGGCUGCGAUCAAGCUCGAGGACGAGGCGAAAGCCGAGGCGGCGAAGAAGCGUCGAACAGACGCGCUCGCGGAGAUGUUCAACGUCUCCCCGGAGGAAGCGAUCGCGCUGAGCGCGCAAAUGCAGCCCGCGGUGUUGCAGAUGUUGCACGCGAAUAAUUACAACCAGGCGAUGUUCGCUCCGCCGCCGACGACGACUUCCGGAGUACACCCCGGAGGUCACCCACCCGCGGAGUUCGACGCGGCGUUCGACGACGAGGAGACGGACGACGAGAGCGACGACGGCGGGGACGUGUACGAGCAUUUAGUCUCGUACGAGAACGGAGAACCGGACGAGGCGUACGUCCUCGAGGUGGCCGUCGACUCGAGCGACGAGGGUGACGAGGAAGAGGAAGAGGAAGAGGCGGCGGCGGAGGCCGAUGCGCGACGGUCCGUCUGA